AUGGCUUCGACGGCGAAAUCGGGGCUCGAUGAUUCCCGCCGCAAUCUGGGAUCGCCAAAACUCAGAGGACGAGAGAACGCAAAAGAUACCUUGUGUCGAAACGUGACUAUAUACGGAAAAUGCCGAUAUGAAGAUAAGGGUUGCGCGUUUAACCAUGAUCCUCUGAAACUGCAGAAUCAGAAUCAAAACGACAGGAAGGGAUUGAACGUCGACUCACCCAGUUUUACGCCGACGACGCUCGCUGCGAAUGGAUCGACGCCGAAGAAACAAAAUACCAUAUCCCCCAAAGCCGUGAGCGCCGCUCCAUUUCUCCCGAAAGGCCCGAGCUCCAGUGCACAAUCCGCUCGCUCAGAUGCAGGAAGCUCGGAGUGGUCUGUAGCUGAGAUUCAAGACUUUGUGCCUCAAGGGUUUGAUGGUGGUCAAGUGGUUCCCCUUCAAGGCAACGGAAACGGCGUUCUAAGUCCAGCACCUCCUUAUGAUCCUUUCGUGACACAACAAAGUUCCAUAGCAGGCGGCUCUGCAGUCGCACCUCAUCCUGUUCCAGGAAACCCUUAUUCGCACGAUGCAGCGGCCGCGGUCGCUGCUUCAAUGGGUAGUGCCUUCUUCGCAGGGCAAACAGGAUUCCAACAGCCAGUGCAGUAUCAUCUUUACGCACCCAUUGGCCCCCACAGUUCAAACAUUACCGGGUAUCAACGAAAUGUUCACGACCUUUUUCUACCUAAUGAUUUCAGAGAAGAAUUACAGAAGAAAGCUGGUGCGACUCUGCAAACACUACCGAAUUCAUCCUUACCAGCACACGUGGACUAUUUCCACUCCCUGGUCCCGUUGGACCUGAACCAUCAGAAGAAUGCAGCGAUUUUUGGAUUCCCGAGCUGGGUAUACAAAGCUCAGUCGAAUAAAGACGGCAACUUCUAUGUUUUGCGCAGACUGGAGGGAUUUCGCUUGACGAAUGAAAAGGCCAUAAGAUCGGUUCAGGCGUGGAAAAGAAUUACCAACGGCAGUGUUGUUACGGUUCACGAUGCGUUCACCACACGUGUGUUUCAAGAUAGCUCGUUGAUUUUCGUCAUGGACUACCAUCCACUAUCCAAAACCUUGGCGGAACAACAUCUUGGAGCGGGGAAUCGCUAUACAACACGCAGUAACGCGCACAUCCCGGAACAAAUUAUGUGGAGUUACGUCACACAGAUUGCAUCGGCAUUGAAAGCAAUCCAUAGUAGUGGCCUCGCAGCAAGGGUAAUCGAUGCCAGCAAAAUUCUGCUUACAGGCAAGAAUCGCAUCCGGUUGAAUGCAUGUGCGAUUAUGGAUGUAGUACAGCACGACACACAACGAUCUAUACAGGAUCUCCAGCUUCAAGAUUUGGUCAACUUCGGCCAACUGAUGCUGAAUCUUGGUGUUAGUGCAGCUGGCACUAUUGGAAGCCCGAAUAAAGCAAUGGAGCAUUUCACUCGUGCUUAUAGUCCUCAGCUUAAGAAUUCCGUGUUUUGGCUGUUGAAUGGUCUACAGAAAGAUCAGGAACGCAGCAUUGACAUAUUUAUCAGCGGAAUUUCAUCUCAGUUGAUCUCUACAUUCGACUCGGCCUUACAAAUGGAUGAUCAACUCACUUCGGAUUUGAGCCGAGAGCUCGAAAAUGGGCGACUGGUGCGACUUAUGACGAAAAUGAAUUUCGUCAACGAAAGACCCGAGUAUGAACACGACCGUCAGUGGUCCGAAAACGGAGAGCGGUAUUUCCUCAAACUAUUCCGGGAUUAUGUGUUCCAUCAAGUGGACGCCCAGAACAAUGCGGUGGUGGACCUUGGACAUGUACUGAACUGUCUGAACAAACUCGAUGCAGGUACGGAAGAGAAAGUGACGUUGAUCAGUCGAGACGAGCAGAGCUGCUUUGUUGUUAGUUACAAAGAACUGAAGAAAGCUCUUGAAUCUUCUUUUCAAGCGUUGCUGAAGCCAGCCCGACGACUGCACUAA